AGCAGCCGUGUGUGGGGUGGAGGCACCCUGCUGUAAGAAUGAGGGCGGCCCGUGACGUCACGUGAUACGCCGGGUCCUCACGGAAGUGUAAUGAAUAUGGAGGCUGAUCUCGGCUGAGCAGAGCAUUGAGAGCAGAGAUAAAAAAUAAUUAAAGCGACGGCUACAGCAAUACUUCAUUUUUUAAACCGAUCCUUUGGAAUACAUUACACGUUUUUUUUUUUUUUUUGUUAAAGCAACAGCAGUACGUUCUCCCCAAGUGGGUCGCCAGGACGAUUAUGUCCCUGUUCCAGUCGGCACUUGAUUUCCUGGCGGGGCCCGGCUCUGUUGGAGCCGCCAGCCGAGACCAGAAUGAUUUUGUUGGGCAGACUGUAGAGCUGGGCGACACGAAGCUUCGGAUCAAGCGGGUGAUCGCAGAAGGUGGCUUUGCCUUUGUGUAUGAAGCCCAGGAUAUUGGAAGUAGUAAAGACUAUGCUCUUAAGCGGCUGCUUUCAAACGAUGAGGAGAAGAGCAAGGCGAUUAUCCAAGAGGUCUGCUUUAUGAAAAAGCUCUCGGGCCACCCUAAUAUUGUUCAGUUCUGCUCUGCGGCAUCAAUAGGAAAAGAAGAAUCUGACACAGGACAAGCAGAAUUCCUCAUUCUCACUGAACUCUGUAAAGGUCAGUUAGUAGACUUUAUCAAGAAAGUGGAGUUGAAAGGUCCUAUGUCAUGUGAUACAGUGUUAAAGGUCUUUUACCAGAGCUGUCGAGCGGUACAGCACAUGCACAAACAGAAACCACCUAUUAUUCACAGGGACCUCAAGAUCGAGAAUCUGCUUAUCAGUCACCAGGGCACAAUCAAACUGUGUGAUUUUGGCAGCUCGACAACCAUAGCGCACUAUCCAGAUUACAGUUGGUCUGUACAGAAGAGAUCAAUGGUGGAAGAUGAGAUCACCAGAAACACUACACCAGCAUACAGGACACCAGAAAUGAUAGAUCUGUACUCUAGCUAUCCUAUUAAUGAAAUGCAAGAUAUCUGGGCCCUGGGCUGUAUUUUAUACCUUCUGUGCUUCAAGCAGCAUCCAUUUGAAGAAGGAGCUAAACUUCAAAUCGUGAAUGGGAAGUAUUCAAUUCCACAGAGCGACACCAGAUACACAGUCUUUCACGAUCUUAUACGUUCCAUGUUAAAAGUUAAUCCUGAGGAGAGACUGUCAAUCACAGAACUCGUAAAUCAACUGCAGGAGAUCUCAGCCGCCCGCAACGUGAACCCCAAGUCCCCCAUCACAGAGCUCCUGGAACAGAACGGUGGCUAUGGGAACAAUGCGACCCCCAGGACAUCGAUAAGUUCACCUCCUCAAGUGUCCAAGCCAGAAGCUCAGCUCAACAACAUGCACAAUGCAGGGAUUGUUGUGACUGACAGCGGUUUCUUUGACAUCCUUAAAGGAGGCACAGAGAGAUUUCUGACCAACAUCAAGGAUACCUCCUCCAAAGUCAUUCAGUCAGUGGCCAACUAUGCAAAGGGAGAUUUGGACCUAUCGUAUAUUACUUCAAGAAUAGCAGUGAUGUCAUUUCCAGCAGAGGGGGUGGAAUCUGCAAUUAAAAACAACAUUGAGAAUGUGAGGCUGUUCCUGGACUCGCGCCAUGCAGGCCAUUAUGCUGUUUACAACCUAUCUCAACGAAUGUACAGGCCUUCAAGGUUUCACAACAGGGUUUCAGAAUGUGGCUGGCAAGCAAGACGGGCACCCAACCUAAAAAACUUGUACAGCAUCUGCAAGAACAUGCACCUGUGGCUUAAGCAAGACCAGAAGAAUAUUUGCGUUGUUCAUUGCCUUGAUGGCAGGGCUGCCUCUGCAGUGGCUGUCUGUUCAUUCCUCUGUUUCUGCCGCCUCUUCACCACUGCAGAGGCUGCAGUCUACAUGUUCAGCAUGAAGCGCUGUCCCCCAGGCAUCUGGCCUUCUCACAAAAGGUAUAUAGAAUACAUGUGUGACAUGAUGGCAGAUGAGCCCAUCAUCCCUCACAGCAAACCCAUACUUAUCCAGUCCAUCGCCAUGACACCGGUGCCCCUGUUUAACAAGCAGCGCAGUGGCUGCAGGCCUUUCUGUGAGGUGUAUGUCGGAGAUGACCGAGUGGCAACCACCUCCCAAGAAUAUGACAAAAUGAGGGAUUUUAAAAUGGAAAAUGGGAAAGCUGAGAUUCCCCUGGGGAUCACCGUUCAAGGGGACGUCCUUAUUGUCAUUUAUCAUGCCAGGUCAACCUUGGGAGGGAGACUACAAGCUAAGAUGGCUUCAAUGAAGAUGUUCCAGAUCCAGUUCCACACAGGCUUUGUGCCCAGAAAUGCCACUACAGUCAAAUUUGCAAAAUACGACCUGGACGCCUGUGAUAUCCAGGAGAAAUACCCAGACCUGUUCCAGGUCAACCUGGAAGUGGAGGUGGAGCCCAGAGACCAGCCCAGUACCACGACUUCCCCCUGGGAGAGCUUUCCCACCAAGGGACUCAACCCCAAGAUCCUCUUCUCCAGUCGGGAGGAGCAGCAAGAAAUCCUGACCAAAUUCGGUAAACCUGAACUCCCCAGGCAGCCCGGCUCCACAGCUUUUUACGAUGCAGGCACACCACCAUCUGAGCAACCCCAGGACGGUUCAAAUACAGAGCCAGAGUCUCCACAAAGCACUGACACUAAUGCAAAUAAUUUCUUCCAGACAUUGGAUUGGGAUGAGGAAAGAGGGACUGACGAUGUUCCUGAUGGGCAGUUUGCCCAAAAGAGACACCCAGGCUUGAUGGAGGACCGGGAUGACUUCAGCGACCCUUCCGGUGACGAAUUUGCCUCAGUUGACAAAAGGGAUGCUGCUGCACCUCAGGAGAACACAGAGCCUGUCUUUGAGGCUGAUUCCACCCAGCUUCCCCAGAAGCCCCCUCCGGAGGACAGCGUGGAUCUGCUGGGGCUGAAAGAUGAGCAGCCCAAGGCAGACCCCACUCCUGCUCCCGCUGCAGGAGGAAUGAAGACCUCCUCCAGCAAUGCUGACCUUCUCAAUGACCUCUUUGCUUCCGUCGGCAGUGCCACGCCACCAACUCUGCAAGACAGUACAGAGGACCUGAUUGGAGGAGGAACAGAAGAUGAUUUCUUCUUAAGUACACCACCAGCCAGCACACAGGGACCUCCACCAGGAACCACUGUGCCACCAGCGUCCUCGAGUGGUGGAGAUCCCUUUGACCCGUUUGGAAUCCGCUCCUCAGCUUCUGUGUCUGAGUCCUCAGCCUCCACAGCCCAGCAGUCUGGAACGGAUCUCUUUGGAGAUCUCCUGAGUCCUGAUGGCACCUCCAGCUCCUUCAUGUCCUCAAACCCCACCCCUCCCCCCUCUUCCAGCUCCGAUUUCUUCAACCUCAGUCACUUGUCUUCAAAUUCAUCUAAGAUGGCCUCUUCUGCCAGUCAACCUGACCUGCUUGGUGGCUGGGAUGCAUGGGCUUCAACUCCUAACAGCAGCAACACCGUUCCACCUCAGAUCAACAAGCCUGCAUUUGCAGCCUCUGCCUUUAGUGCGAGUGCUACUGCUUCCAGUGUGUCCUCCAGCUCUUCAUUCACUCAGUCCAAGUCACAGAGCUUCGACCCGUUUUCUCACCUCGGGAACCUUGGUGCCACUUUGCCAGGUUCUUCUAGUGGUGGAUUUCCAGCACCUGGUUUCAGUCAGAAGCCUGCCCAGGGGCCCAUGGGUGGCGGUAAGUGGCAGUCAAACAGGCCCCAGGGUACCAGCAUGCCUUGGCAGCAACAGACCCCAUCAAUGCCUCAGCAACCCAAACCAGCACCAGCACCAGCACCACAAGCCAAGCCCAACUACAAUCUCAACUUCAGUGUGAUUGGGGGGCGAGAGGAGAGGGGCAUCCGAGGACCUGGGUUUGGGCGAAAAACUAAAGUAAAGGAGAAUGAUUUUGAAGACCUGCUGUCCAAACAGGGCUUCACUUCGACACAGGAACGAAAGGGACCGAGGACCAUUGCCGAGAUGAGGAAGCAGGAGCUUUCCAGAGACAUGGACCCCCUCAAACUUCAGAUCCUGGAUUGGAUUGAAGGAAAGGAGAGGAACAUUCGAGCCCUCUUGUCCACUCUGCAAACUGUGCUGUGGGAAGGAGAGAAUAAGUGGAAACCAGUUGGAAUGGCUGACUUGCUGACCCCAGAUCAAGUGAAAAAGUAUUACAGGAAGGCAGUGUUGAUAGUCCAUCCGGACAAGGCUACCGGACAGCCUUAUGAACAGUAUGCCAAAAUGAUCUUCAUGGAGCUGAAUGAUGCUUGGUCGGAGUUUGAAAACCAGGGCUCAAAAGCACUGUUUUGAGGAUAAAAAAAUAAAUUAAAAUGGAUUCCGGAUGGUUCAGUGGAAUCUGCGUGUCUCAAGAGUUCCUGUUUGCAACUGCUAGAAAAAAUAUUGGUAGUAUUUUCAUUCAAAAAGUUUUAUGUUCAUAAGAUAAUCACUGUAUACAACAACAAAAAAGGUCAUCUAAUCAUUUGGCUAGCCAACUGAAUGUUCCAUCUAGAAAUCAUGCUACAUAUAGUUUUAAUGAAAUUGCGGUAUUUAAGAUAACUGGCAGAGACAUCACACUUGCAUUUUGUUACGUUUGUAUUGGAUAAGUCUUCAUAAAAUGUUAAGAUUAUUUGGAUGUAUAAGGACUUUUACCAAACCUUAAAAAAAAAAUGUUCUGUGAACUGUUUUCAUAUCGGAAAUUAAUUAGUAAUGCACUGUACUUGUGCAUCACUGUUGAUUAGAAAAAGAUUGUAAAAUAUUCUGUAACCAGAUUAUAUUUGGCAUUGCGAAGAUGCAGGAGUGUGUGGUUUUCUUUUAUUUUUCCUCCAAAUGUCUUUGUGAUAGUUCACUGAUCACCACUGAAUAAUGUAAAUAAUACACUCAAAGUUUCUGUGGAAUCAGAUAGCAACACGUUCAGUCAAUGGUGAUGAUGGAAUUAUGGCACCUUUACUUAUUUUUCUGGAAACAUAUCAUGCCUUCUCUGUUUGACAUGCAGUUAGGUUUAUAUUCACAUUAUUUUAAACUCGCUAUGAAUGUGGGAGGGAGCUGUAGAUAGAAUAGGAUUUCAAUUUAGCAAAACUAUUGGUAACCUUUAAUGGCCUUUCAUUGUACUCCAUUGUUUUUUUUCCUCCAACUAGUGGACCAAUCAGACUUAUGUUUUUUAUGUAUUGUGCAGAUAUUUUUUGGAGACGGGUUUAUUGAAAUUAAUGUCUAGUAAAAAGGCUGGGGUGGCAAGCACACCCCAGUACCAUUUUAAGAGCAUCAAUCAUUCCACAACAACAGUCUAUUGCUGUUGCUAGGCAUGUGUGUUCUUUACAGCUAUACAGCUGUUGGAAGAUAAUCUGGUCAAGAUUGGUAAAAUCUGGAAACUGCAUGCAGUUUUUGGUCAGGCUUUUCCGUUUUGAAAAUGUACCAGCUUGGUAUUUACCCGCUUCCAAUAAGAUCACACAUUACACAUAUUUUUUAUUAUUUUUUUGCAAAGGUCGCCAUUUGUCGCAAAAUAAGGACUUAAAAUCUUGGAACUGAUUGCUUGUUUGUAUAGUCUUAUUUAAAGACAACCAAGUUAUAAUCUUACCAAAAAUGACUAUGAAUGUCAGUUUAAGUAAAUAAAUAAACAGUAAAUGAGUAAAAAC